UCAUCGGCGCGCAAUCUUCGUCCGCCCUCUCGCAGAGAGCGCUCGCUCGCUCGCUUGCACGCGCGUUAUUAUGUAGCGCGUGUGUUUUUGUGCGUGUAGUUCUGGCUUUGACCAUUUGUGGUAGUUUUGAAGAUCAAUAUUCCGCCAAGGUGUGUUUUGUACUCGAGUUUUCUUAACGUCGAUUUUCUUUUUUUUACAAUUUUCUUUUCAAUCAACAAUUUUGACGAUAAAAGUCCGAUUCGUCUCUUUAAACGGUGUAGGCAACUGCCUGCGCUUUUAAGUGCAUGGACGCCUUCAUUGCAAGGGGUGUUCCACAGUCAGCUGAGCCAACCUGAUGCCAGAGAGAAACACACACACACAGCCAUCGCACACAUACACACACACACUCCAGCCGGACACACGCAUGUAUACACACACACACACACCCAGGGACAUUCGCUAAAGCCGGUGCACAGCGCACUGCGCUCCGAUAGGAGAAUAAGACGAAUUAGCGAAGGCGCACGCUUCAAGAAUACGAAAUACCAAUCCUGUGCAUUCUUACCCGAGCGAGACAGCCGUGCUGUUACCGCACGGCACGACAACAGAGAGCUUUGCGCAUGGCUUCCCAAAAAGCGCGCAAGACGGAGCGCUUCCUGCAGCUCGCCCCGCAAUGCGUGGCCAUGGUGCUGAGCCGGGAGCGGACAAGCGCCGCUCAGCCCCAGGGGUCCGGUUCGAGCCCGGACCCGGGCGCUGAGCCUCGGCGCUCGGGAUACGCGGAGCUCUUCGCUGAAUUCAAGGCGGAGAACACGGCUCGCUUCUGGGACGGGCGGCUGUCUGAGAGGCUCCGGGGGCUCUACCUGCUGGGCUGGCUGCACGGCGGGGUGCUGCUGCUCCGGGGAGAGCCCGCGGAGCUGGGCGCCCUGCGGGACGCGUGGAGCCGCAGGGCGCUGCGACCGCCGCGCGGAUACACCAUCGACUACCUGGGUGAGGUGGGCCCUAUCCUGAUGUCGCCCGACAGCCAGUCGCAGUUCAUCCCGCUCAGCGACGUGCUGUGUGCCGCCAUCAGCCACCUCAACUCCAAGCAGCAGGCGGUCACUCAAGACUCGCUGCUCAAGCACCUAGCCCACAAGUUUCCAGGCGUUCCAGUUCCGAGCAGGGAGAUCCUACACAACAUGCUGAGCAGCUUGAUCAAGGAGCGCAAGAUCUACCACACGGGGGAAGGCUACUUCAUCGUGACGCCACAGACCUACUACAUCACGCCCUCGCUCAUCCGUGACGAAAACAAGUGGGUGAGGCCGGAGGGGGACAACCAAGCCACCCCAUUUCCAGAGGUGACUGUGUGCCACGACCUGCCGGAGAAAGACGCGCAGCCAUCACGGGCUCAUUGCCGCUCGUGCCAGUGCUUCCUGGAAAGUGGGUACGUCGUGGAAAGGUCUCGCUGCGACAAACAGGAAGGCGGCCAUGCUCACGAUCCCAAAGAUGCAAAGCCGCCCCAACUGCUGCGCGUCGUGUCCGCGAAUUCUGGCAAGAGCAAGAAGAAUGACAAGAGCGCUGCCCAAGCCAACAAAGACUCAAAGCAGCAGCACUCCGCCGCUGUCAAUCAUGCCGAGUCCGGUAGAAAGGUUGAAGGCAGAUCUGCGCUCGAAAAGGACCCGAAAGUUUCCCACCAGAGUGUUCACGUCACCUUCUGUAACGAUAAGGGCAAAAAGUUGGAAAAGGGAGUGCAAAAUGAUUGCAAAGAUGUGAAAGGUGUGCCAGUCGCAGUGGUGGCAGUCCCUUGCACAGAAAAGAUGAAGAUGCCAGAGGUAACUGUGGGACGACCAGAGAAGGAAAAGGAUGGAGAAAAGCUGAUGAAGAAAAUCAGCCUGAGACUGUUUCGGAGGAGCUCCCAGCGGAAAGAGAAGGUCCUGCAGAAGGAACUCGUGACAUUCUCCGCCCAGUUCCCGCCGGAGGAAUGGCCCGUCCGGGAUGAGGACUCUGCAGAGAACCUCCCGAGAGACGUGGAGCACCAGAUAAUCCGGCGCAUCAACCCCGAUCUGACGGUGCAGAACCUGAUGGUGCACACGGCGCUCAUGCAGCGCGUGCCAACGGAAGGGCAGCAGGCGAUGCGCAGCACGGGCACUUGCACCGAGCUUCCGCAGUCACGCUCGAGGGUCAAGGUUCGCAGCCACUCGAAGAGGGUGCACACGAGCUCGCGGGCGUACAGCAAGGGGGGACACCUGCCUCGCAGGCGGCUGAAGGCUUCGUCGAGAAGCAGCCUUGACGAGGCAAAUCAGCAGAACGGGAAGAGAGCCACGAGAAGGCGGCACUCGCAAGCGCCCGGAGAGAAGGCCAUCUUGAGGAACGGCAACAAUGAGGGCCCGUCAGAAGCGUGGCAGGCAGUGGAGGAGGUCAAGCAGACUGCUGCUGCUUGUCAGCACGAAGAGUUUGCGGGGGUUAAUCAAGGGGACCUGAGAACGUUUGAUGCAAAAGAACAAUUGGAGAGGAGCGAUCCCUCCAAAGUUAUUGGCAGUGAGCAGAAUGUGAUCACGUGGCCUAAGAAUGCGAACGCAUGCCAACCGGAAAGGUUAAAGUUUAGGUGGAGGGCUGUGGAACACACGAAAUCCACUGGGAGCUCGAGCACGGAUCCGCAUUCCCCGCAGGUUCCAAGCGAGCAAGCAUCCCUGCAUCGCCGCGUCCGGCACAGGGAGCAGGAUAGUGACCUCUUUAAGAGCGUCUCUAGAAUGCCGACCAUAUUGAGCCCCAGGCUGGAGCCUGCCAGGGUCAGGACUGAGGACCAGGCAUUGACACAAAACCCACGACUGUCAGAUCCGGUUUACAUGCAGGAAUUCGGACAGCCGCAGCAGCCCGCCGCCCAGGAGCUGAUGCGCGCGGGUCGAGCGCACUGCCGGGUCACUUCCGACCGGCACACGCUGGAUGGCAGCUGCGAUUCUGCGAAUGGGCCUUUUCACUCUCAGUCGGUAUCAUUGUCAGCCUUUCCGCAGAGCAGGGAUUGCCCCUACGGUGAUCACCCACGUGGCAUGAGCACAGCGGAUUACUUCAACUACAACGAGUCGCGGGAGACCGUCCUGUGCGCGCCGGCGGCAGCGUCGGGAAGGGCGUUCGCGGACUGCAACUCGAAUCGCCUGAAGCACGAGAAGCCUGAGAGGGAGUGCGGCAAACAGAGGAGGCAGCCGGAGAAACUCCCGGCGCAAAACCCGCACUUGAGUGGAGCCCUCGACAGAGCCAAGGCCGAAUUCGAGGUGCCGCUGCCGAAGAGCGACGCCUGCGCCGGGAAGUCGGCGAGGCCCGAGCAGAGGGAGAGGGCGAAGCAGCAAGAUGCUCACUUCCUCACCCAGGACCUGCGCUCGAUGAGCGAGAGCGAAGGCAUGACCGACGACGACUACUUGCUCUACACGCAGGAGGUGCCAGACGACAGCGAGGGCAGCUCGCUCUGCAUCAACGACGAGGACGAGGACGAUGGGGAUCUGAGCCGCCUGAGCAUCCCGCCGUUCAGUUGCGGCCCGGCGAGUGAGCAGUUCCCACCCCUGGAUAACAGCGUCAAUGGCGCCAACGGCGUCCCUCCUGAUGCAUACGCCCACAGUAUGCAGUACGGGCUCUUCCGCUAUAACUACAACCAGAAGAACCAGCGGAGUUCCAGUGAGGAAGCGUGGAAUGGAAACAGCAAGGGCAGCACUCAAACCCUGGAGGUGGGAAUUGACAGCAUUGAUCCACAGCAACGUCCCGGCAGCGGGAGCAAGGGGGGCGCAGGCACUUCCAAACAACGCUCGCUUGAAGACAGCAGCCUGAGCGCCGACUGGGACAACAACGAGAAGGGGAAUUGGAAGCAGAUACAGCAACAGCAGCAGCACCAGCAACAUCAGCAGGGCUCCAUCCCCUACUCGCACGCGGCGGACGAAUCGACCACGAUGCUGGAGGACGGCACCGGCGCGGUGGAGGGGAGCAUCUUCGACUACAGUCCGGGUUCGGAGGGUGACUCGUGCGGAGAAGCGGCGCACGACGAGGAGAUCUCAGGCAUCUUCGCCUGGCGCGGGGUCGGCGGUGCUGGCGGUGGUGGUGGUGGCGGCGGCGGCGGUGGCGGCGUCCGGGACCCGGAGCGGGGCCUCCCUCACAAGUUUGCACGCGGCGUGGAUAGCGCGCUGGAGGAGGAGGCUGCAGAGGCAGAGCUGCAGCAGCGGUUCGAGGGCGCCCUGACCAUCGCGAGCCCGGACCCGAGCGUGACGAGCACGGCGGACAGCGGCGUGCCGCCCAGCCGCCUCGACCACACGGACAUGAGCAGCGUGACGGGCGACAGCGGCUUCAACUCGCCCAGGACCCGAGAGAGCUUGGCAUCCAACACCUCAAGCCUGGCCGAUGGUGUGAAGCGGCAUGGGCAGCUGGGCCUGUCAGAUGGCAGGAACGGUGUUACGCUGGCCGAGCAGCAGCAGCAUAAAACCGCGAGGUUGCAACCAACGAACCCCAUGCAGCACAGCUCCGCGCUUCCUCCCGCAGCGAGGACGAGUCACUUCAGCGGCCUCGUCGCCACGAACGCCAAGUUCGGCUGCGGCCAGGCGCUGCAAAACGUGCCUGGCGACAUGAGUCACAGCGACUGCGCUAGCCUGCCGCGGCACACGCCUGGCAAAACGAGCGCGGACGAAAUGCACGCCGCGCAGAAAAUCAAGCAGAGCGUGCGCGGCCCCCCGGUCACUCAGCAAGGCAGGCACCCUCCUUUUCCGGUCUCUUCCUCGGAAACGGACCGCUCGAAUUCCUUCUCCAGCCUCGCUGCAGCCGAAGCCUCGCGCUCCGUGCAGUUCGCAGAGGUGGCGAGGUCCGGGGCGGAUCGGUGCACUUACUCGGCCGCGUACAAGGGACAGGCCCCAUUCGGCGACAAGGACACUGAUGGCGAGAGCCGAGACAGGCCACUGUUUCCGCUCACUCCUGCAAUAAACGUGUGAUUCGACCGCUGAAGCCCAGUGGCAAUCAAAGCUGCCUGUUGGUGCAGCAAUAUCGGGCCGGUCGGCAAUGGCUUUGUGGUGCAUGCAGGCAGUUUUGUUUCCAAAUGUCCACGUGGGACAUCAAGACUGGCCUUCAUUUAAACAGUGAGCUUUGGGUUAUUUUUUUUUUACACAGGUUUUUUCCUGAUUUUAGGAUAAAUUCAUUCGCAGGUAGUCAACAUGUGGACCUGUAUAGUUAAUUCUCAAUAUUUAUUUUUUGUAACCCCUCCUGCUAUGCGUGUGGCUUUCCAAGGAAACUCGUGCGUGAGCGUCGUUGUGCUUUGUGUUUUGCCUGCGCGGUGUGUGUAUGCGUGUGCGCGUGUGAAUGAGUACCUGCGUGACGUUGAAUCGAGUUUAAUGUGUGCAUUCGCUUCGGUGGAAAAGUGCUCAUUGCUACCAUUGCCCAAUUAAAAUACGGUGACAUUUAUUGUAAAAUUGAACUGUUUGCUCUUAUUCUGGAUUUGCAUGUUCCUUGCAAAGAAACAAAAAAAGUUCCAAUUCUCAAUACCCCACGGGACGUGUGUUGAACAAAAUCCCAAGCGCUGUGCAUUUACUGAGCUUGCGCAUAUAUUCCAAGUUCGUGCGAAAAGUAUUUCCUAAGCAUACACACGUUGUUAAUGUCAUAACUGAACGAUCAUUACAUUAAAUAGUGUUUGGCAUAUUACUUGUACAUACUAUUUACGCUUGUUAAUCAUGGUUAGAUAUUGUUGCCAUUGUUCCCCAACUCAUCUGUCCAUGAUGAGAUACCUCCACCCCACAUCCGUUUUUACCUGCUUCUAUCGAUUAUUAAAAUAUAGGUACUCUUCCUAGUACCUAUCGAUUAUUAAAAUAUAGGUACUCUUUCUAGUGCCACUGUCUCCGGAGGUAAGAGCCAAGGGAUAGUUGGACAAGUAUAGCUCCAAUUGUGCAUGUGUGUAAGACCAGUGCAGUGGCAAAUCAACAGCUGCCAAAUAUACAAUGUUACAAAAUAAGUAAUGAUGUCAAGUAGCCUUACGGUACCGUCGUAAUUUUGAGCUUGAAAUAGGCUGUGUCAUAACUGCGUGCAAGCUGCGGGAUACGUAAAAGAAGAACAGAAAAAUAAUGUUUCAAGGAACGCGUAGAGCGAACAGCAACGAAGCGACCAGGCACAGACGCCGUCCUGUUCACAACCACCUCCGUCGUCUAAAAAGACCACUCACUGGGCGGGAUUGAUCCGUGUACUGUGCACGGUGGAUUAACUUGAAACAAAAUGGAACGCUUUGCGGCGUGGGCGAAACACGCAACACGCUCGAGCCACCGUCCUGAGCAACAAUGUGGCGCUGAAGAAAAGUUCAAUCGGAACCGGCUCGCAGGAGACAAACCUGCGAAUUGGACUACCUCCGGCCCCACUUAAAAUCGAUGCCGACGUAAAUGGUGCAUAACAAUGAAGGAUAUGUGUUGGCUACGUGCGUUGUUAUAUUUGGCGUGGGUUUUUUAAAUUUCUCCAUAAGCAAAAUCAGCACGUGAGACAUUUGUGUUACAUUUUUGCAACGAUUAUUUUGUUUCAACUGAUAAGUCUGUGGAUUAUUAUUUUAUGUUAGUACAGUACAUUGCUUUCAGAGUUGUUGUAUUAGCUUGACCUUAUUUUAUGAGACUAAAUGUUAAGCUGUAAUGGAUGUGUACCAUAUUUAUCUGCUCAUCACUCUUUUGUAAUAAACUUAAUGGCUUAUA